AGGACGUAUAAUGGUAUCGGCCGUGGACCAUCGGCGCAAACAUGGCGGCUUCGAAAUGGAUGGAAGGCAUUUCAAAAAAAUGAAAUGAUCUCACUUCGGUGUUAUUGUUCUCGGUUUCAGCGACAGAAAGACAUAGUCCUGAGGCAUGUCUGCUUUGAAGGAGAAUACCAAGAAAGAGGAAAAUGACCAGCCCAUGUCGGAAAUCUCUGGUCCUCUAAAAAGCAAGCAAGCGUUAUCUGUAUUAGAAGCAUCAAUGCAGUGCCCACAAGAGAACAUGACACCAAACAGUGACCAAGCAGACCUUCUAAAUCGUGUUGGUUUUAUUGACUCCAUUUGUGCUGAUGGACCUGCCAAAGCUGCCUAUGUCAAUGGAUCAGCUUCACCCAGCAUUUCACAAGAAAAGAUAUUGGACAUCUCCAAGAAUGUACCAGGAUUGCUGCCUAGGUCAAUACGCACACACAAUUCUACCAACACCACAACCGUCCAGUUAGAAGACCGCAAUCUGCUUCGAAACGAUGGAGAAAUGUCCAUAAGGCAGAUGGUAACGGCUAAAGAUGUGGAAAACCGAGGCAUAUGGGGCUUUGAUGCGGAUUCUCCAGAGAAUUCGUUAGACAGUUAUGAUGACGGUGAUGAACUUGAGUGGAAUCCCCAGAAAGAGUUUAUGAAGUUUCUGCUGAAGGACCAGGAUUGUUCUGAAACUGAGCCUAAAAUACCUGCUACUUCUUCUAGAAGAAAGUGUAAAUUGGACAAAGUGGUGAAGGUAAAUCCUCCAGAAAUCUCAAAAAACGAUCACAUUGGAGAGGGCAGUAAAAAAGAAGCAGACCCUGAACCCAAACGAUCCAAAAUGCAUUCACCAACAUCAAACAAGUCCCAGUACUCCAACGGAACAGCAGUGGCCUUCAAACAACUUUUACAGAAACCAGCAAAAAUUGGGAAGUAUAGUCAAAAGCCUGGAUAUGUUCGAGAAAAUCUGUCUAGAGAUUCUGGCUUGGAGGAAGAGCCUGCAUUAUUUAGCAGCAAUAGCAGUUCUCAUUUACAAACACCCACAAAAAACUGUUCGAAUCAAAAGCCAUUCAUAUGCAAAGAGUGUGGAAAAGACUUUUAUAAUCACACUUCACUUUUGAAACACAUAACUGUUCAUCAGACCAACAGACAUCAAUUUGUUGAGGGAAUUACAGGAACAGGUGAAAUAACAAACGAGGGCAAAGACGCAAGGUUACAGUGUCCACAAUGCACUUUUGGAACCAACUGCCCCAAUACCUUUGUCCAACACGCAAAAACGCACGAGAAAGACAAGCGGUAUUUUCCUUGUCAAAAGUGUAACUUCUUGGCAGCAAGUAAAAAUGAGCUAAUUGCUCAUAUGCUAAGCAAGCAUCCCGUCACUGAAGCUCAACGUAUGAUACUCGGAAGAAAAGACGUACUACGGGGACAGAAAGUUGGUAAGUCGGAUAGGAAGCCAAACUUGGUAAAGAAUCAUAAACUUUUGGAUAAAGAUUUGCUAUUAUUACACGUCUCAGAAAACAGCAACUGUUCAUCUUCACCUGAGAGCGAAGACCAACAAUCCGUAGCCGCCGAAGACUUGAACGGUCUUUUACAAACGGAUAAACCAAAAUCGAAAGACACUGCCGAUGAUAAACUAGACAAAAGCGAAUCGAAACUUGACAAAUCCAUUCACACGCUAAUAUCCCGGAAGAGGACUUGUGACUCGGAAAGCAGUUCUACUCCAAACUUUGAUGAAAUUGGUUUUAGGGCUGGGAGUCCAGACCUCGAUAAAUGCUGCAAUGAUGAUUCCCUCAAUCCAGAAGAGGGCUCACCAUCCCCUGCCAAGGGCAAGGGGGACCUAUUUGCACUAAAGGACGACGACUUGGUUUGCACUCUUAAAUCUGAUGGCAUUGGUCAAGGAUUCAGCUAUAAUAAUGACUGUUCUAAAGGAGAAAACUCGAGCACUAACCACAAGCACGUCCCCUCCGAGAAGCAAACCUUAAAGAAGUCCCCGUCCAAAAGAAAAAUGUCCACUCCAUUCCACAACCUACAAGGCCAAGAUAUUCUGAUUGAUUUCCCUAAAUGCAGGCAAAUCUUCCAGAAAAACUCUAAUCUCUACCUUAUUAAAAAAUUUGAUUCUAAAGAUGAUGCACAUAUCAGCAACAACACCUUUAAAAGCUUGCAGACCUCAUGUGACCUUUCCAAGCAAGAGCCAGGUUUGCCACAGACAAUUUCUAUUAAAGAAGAAUGCAUGGAAACAGAAGUGUGUGGUGAUCCUAGCGAAUCAGAUUCUCUGAUGAAAAACGGGGACUUCAACGUCAACCUAAAGUCUUGCCCGUACUGCCCAGCUGUAUUUCAGUCAGGGAUCGGUCUGUCCAACCAUAUACGAGGGCAUCUGCACAGAGUGGGCGUAAGCUAUAAAGCACGUCAUGUUGUAUCUGUAGCCCAAGUGGCUUCUCAAGAUAAAGUGCCUCCUGUUCGGCGAAGGAUGGUAGCGAUACCUCAAAUUAAGACAGAGGUUGACUUUCCAUUAACCGAGCAGGCUCCAGAGCCGAAAUCGGAGCUCACAUGCCCACUAUGUAGGGAGUGGUUCGAAACCAAGACCGGAUUAUCCAAUCAUGUUCGGGGCCAUCUGAAGAGGCUGGGGAAGCCAUGCUCUACAUCCACGACCAAAUCACCCGUGCUCAUCCUGAAGGAGCUGAUGCGUGACAAGAAGCAGUUCCAGAUCAAAAUGCAGGCCCUUGAAAAGAAGUGCCGCUCGAGGAACUCUUUAUAUCCCUUCAAAUUUAAUAAUGGUCUUAUCAUUUCGACAACGAAAGUGCAGCGUUUCGCUCAAGGCGUCAAGCGACACGGACACGUUUCCUCUAAAUCUGCAGAGGAGAAGAAAAGGACAGAGAAUCAUAAAGAUGCAACGAAAGGAUCACCGUCCAGCGAUCUGAUAGGAAUUCUAAAAAAGAGGAGAGCUCACGAGGAAGCCAAAUUGAAAACCUUGCCCCAAACCGCUAGAAAAGCUCUUCUUGUUAACUCCGUUAAAGAGCGUGAUCCAUCCACACAGCUACCAAACUCCGUAUCAGAGAAAAGCGAUCUAAACCGAAAAGUUUGUGUUCACUGUAAUGCCACGUUCCACAGUGGAGUUAGUCUCUCCAAUCACUUGCGAGCUUACGCACGCCGAAAAAGAAACGCACUUUUGGAAGGAACAACUUAUGACUGUAAGAGGAAGCAGAGGUCACGGUCUGGGUCUAAGAAGAAAACUCAUCCGUUGCUACACACUCCAGAGGAAAUUUAUAGACUCACCUGCAGGUUUUGUGAUCUGGUCUUCCAGGGCCCGCUCUCGGUGCAGGAGGACUGGGUGAAGCAUCUACAGAGACACAUCAUGAACACGGCGGUUCCGCACACGGGCGCGGCCAUGGUGGAGGUCACCUGCUUUCCGAGAGACACAAACGCACACACGCACCCACAGACGUCCUCAUGAAGCCGGACGACCCGAGCGGCGUUCGCAAGCGACUUUUUUUUUUAAUUUUUACCUCCGCUGGAGUUUCUACGUGUCGAGGAACGAGUGGAUGAUUUUUUUCCAGUCAUCAGCUCGCGGUGAUGUUCAGCUCUUUAACACGACCCUUUUUUAUAUAGCGUUACAUCGUCCUGGUAUUUUAUAGGACUCAUUUAUUGAUAAUAUUCUGAUUUCAGUGGCGACCAAGACACCAAAACACAACUGUUACCUCAGACGCUUGACAUACGGUGGGUUUUAUUUAAGGAAUAAAGAAAAGGGAAAAAAAAAAGCGCUACGAAACCUGUAUGAAUUUUUACGCGGUUACAUUUUUUUAAAAAAAUAAAUAAAAAAAAUUCAGACUUCUGACCCGGUUUAAACCUUUUAGCCCUUACACUCGUCGAACACGUAUGGUGCAGGUGUAUAAAAAUAAAUAGUAGAUAUAUUUCCAUAUUACAGUUUUGUUUUUUUGUUGUUGUUUUUUUUUAGAAUUCUUAAGAUUUAUGAAUAAUGUGAAAUAUAAAAAAAAAAAACUUGUCACUAUAUUUUUUAGUGAGUUAUAACUAGACAUGUGCUGAUGAUAAAGAGCUGCCGGAUAUAUUAUCACUAUUCAUAAAAUUAUCAUAACAGAUUUUUUGUCCCCUGAAUAAUGAGCUAGACAAACAUUUACAGAAUUUUCCACAAAUUUAGUUUUUAUAGCUGUAGACUGAUUUACGUUAAAUAUUGUGAUGUAACGAUUAUCGGCACAUUCCUAGUUAUGACCCUACAGGGGUUUUUAUUUUUUGUUCUGUUCUUUUUUUUUUUGUCUCCGACUCGGCUCGCGCUCGUCUCAUCCCCUCGUUUGGAUCAUCGUCCAUGACUCUGUAACGUAAAACCUUCUGCCAUUUGUGCUGGAAAAAAAGGAGCCGUCAACUGUUACUCGUGUUCGGUUAAUUUUUACUGUUAUUUUUUUAUUAUGAACAAUUUUAAAUAAUUUAUGUUGAAAUGUAAAUGUUGAAAGAUUUUCCUUUUUUUUGUUUUGUCGUGAGGAAUAAAAAGAAUUUUUCAAUGU